AUCGGCUCAUGCUUUUUUGAUUAUUAUUUUUUAACUUAACUCUGAUUCCUCAACCUUGCCUAUCUUGCCGUUUUACUACAUAUCCGAGUCUCCCGCAUCCCGUUCCUCUUCUUUUUUCUCUCACAACACACGACCAACACCAUGUCUGUCCCCAAAUCCGAGUAUCUCAGUAACGCCUGGGCCAAUGGCAUAUUCGCCAAUCGGGUGUUAUUCAUCACUGGCGGUGCCGGAACCAUCGGCAGUGCUCAGACCCGUGCGCUUGUGCAUCUCGGUGCUGACGCCUGCAUCAUCGGGCGCAAUGUUGAAAAGACAGAGGCCGCGGCGAAGGAGAUCGCAAAGGUCCGCGACGGGGCCCGGGUGAUUGGUAUCGGCAAUGUUGAUGUUCGCAGCUUCGACUCCCUCAAAGCAGCCGCAGACCGCUGCGUGAAGGAGCUCGGAGCAAUCGACUAUGUCGUCGCCGGCGCCGCGGGCAACUUCAUCGCGCCCCUCUCGGGCCUCAGCCCCAACGCCUUCAAAACGGUCAUGGACAUCGACACAAUGGGCACCUUCAACACGAUCAAGGCGACCAUCCCGCACCUCGUCGCCUCCGCCGCGCGCAACAGCCCCAACCCGCACCCCUCCGGCCUGACCGGCGGACGCUUCCUCGCGGUCUCGGCCACCUUCCACUACACGGGCAUGCCGCUGCAGGCGCACGUCUCGGCCGCCAAGGCCGCCGUCGACUCGCUCGUGGGCUCGGUAUCCAUCGAGUACGGCCCGCUGGGCGUGACGGCCAACUGCGUGGCCCCGGGGGCCAUCGCCGGCACCGAGGGCAUGGAGCGCCUGUCGAGCGACCUGAUGACGCAGCGCGAGAAGGACCGUGGUGUACCCAGCGGCCGCUGGGGCAACGUGCGCGACAUCGCCGACGCGACCGUCUACUUGUUUAGUGAUGCUGGGAACUACGUCAACGGCACGACCCUGGUGGUGGAUGGCGCGGGGUGGCGUAGGCAGGGUGGGUUGGAGGUCGGGCUGGAUCCGGGGAUGACGUACCCGGAUUAUUUGUUGAACGGGGAGGUGAGCAAGCAUUUGAAGGAUGGGCGGGCGAAGGGGAAGUUGUGAGGGAGG